UCACGAAGAGUCAAGAACACGAUGAAUGAAUUUUCCACGGGAGACCUACUGUUGUUUAAAAGCGAUUUGUCGCUAGUGAAUGGAAGGCCGUUACCAGAGGCCUUUCACGAAUUACUUGUAAGGAGGAUUUCAAAAGCAUGAAGCAGGCAGUUGCUUGAAAUGGUGCGGCGCAACCCAAUUCGCAGGAUUUCAAGAGAAUGCUUCGUUCUCUCCAGAGAAUUUUUUUAAGAAGAGUAAUUUCGCCUUCCCUUUUGCUGGUCGCCUUUUUUUUAAUGUGUGCCAUUCUCUUCCUCACGAGAAACGAAGAUUCCGAUGCGAUGUGUCUCAAAAAUCGGCAACUUCAAAGUGCCUCCAAGAUGGACGAAUUCAAGACGUUUAUUCCAGAUCACGACGGAUGCAACGACAAAGAUGGCUCGGCAAAAGAUAAUACAAAGAACGCAGAUAAAAAUUUCGAACAAGACACGAACUGCUCCAAGUUGUACAAAGAAAUCGACGCAUUGCGUAAGAAGCUCGCAAUGUACGAGAGAUUAAACAAAUUCAUGGAACUUGAUUCACUAGCAAGUAAAUACGGGAGUAAACUGCGACAGAAUAUUCUUAUCAUCUCGGACUCCGCUUCCGGAAGCUCUCUCUUAGGAGAACUUCUGAAUCAGCAUCCUAAUAUUUUUUACCUUUUUGAACCUUUGGAAUCUUUGGAUUAUUAUAAGGACAAUCGCCCCGAGAGCGUUUACGAUGCAAUGGUAACUCAUCUUCUCAACAGCAUUUUUCAUUGUAACUUUCUGGAACUUUCGUACUUUACGGAUUUUUUAUCGUACCAAUACAGUGCACUUCGACAUCGCCUUUCAAGUCGAGCCAUCUCUUCACCCCCCUUAUGCCCCGAGAAUAUAAACACUCCACACUUUAGCAUCCGAAAAUGUGCGCCAUUAAGGCCACAAUCAGCGUCGGCGAUUUGUCGACUACAUAAACACACCGUUGUCAAAACAAUCCGAAUGAAAUCCAUUCACAAACUCUCCUAUCUCAUGGACAACACAGGCCCUGUCGAUUACUCGCUCAAAGUGAUUCAUUUAGUGAGGGAUCCGCGCGCCGUUGUAAAUGCGCGCGUUCUACACAGUUCACACGAAAAUUGGACCAUAAAAUCGGUGCGUGAUCACGCGCAAUCGUUAUGUCGCGACAUGCUGCGUAAUAUAAAAUACGCUGUCAGUGCCCCAGCUUGGUUACAAGGACGUUAUACGCUGCUACGAUACGAGGACUUGGCGACAAACCCGCAUCAAAUAGCUGAACAAUUGUAUCAGUUUGUUGGGGUCGGUAUUGCACAGAAUGUCCGCUUGUGGAUCGACCGUACUUUGCGCGAAGGAUUUGUACCCCCAUCACCCGUUAAAUCAAUUUAUCGUCGGCUUUCCUACAGUGCGCAAAAUCUGACUGACUCCGUAACAAAAUGGCGUGCGCACGUCCCUUAUUCAAUCGUGCGCCUAAUUGAGACGGAAUGUUACGAGGUUAUGAAUCUUCUCGGCUACAAGAUUGUCGAAGACGAAGACGAAUUAAGGACGGUGUCUUUUCCACUUACAGAUUAAACAAGUGGAACCUGCUCCGGGAGAAACUCUCAUAGGUCGCUUCCGCAAGACAAGUGAGGCAUUUCAACUUUGCUGCAUUUGCGUCAUGUCCACCAAUAGAACAUUCAAAUAGCUUUGUGGCGGCAUUUAGUCCGUGAAGAAUGUGGAAAUGAUGGUUCAAAUUCAGUGAACCGAGGGCACAGCCGAUGAAAUUUAUUACUAUCCACUAGUAUGAAGGUUUCCUUUGCUCUCUCAAAAGAAGAGGGUCUUGAAUCUCAGCUCAACGAGUUUUACAUUUUUCAAAUAA